AAUUUUUCAAAAUAAAUACUCGACGUCUUGUAUUUUCCGGGAUUUUUAGUGACAUUUUCUAGAUUUUCCAUAGAAAAAAAUCCGUAUUUUUAGCUAGUAAAAUCAAUAAAUUCGCUUUUCUGUACGGUACGUGUACAGACCCAACUUCAAAAUGACCUCGUCAUCCACAUCAAAAUCCAAUUUGUUGGAUGAAAAACUGAAUAAUCUGCUGGAAAAUGUGUUCCUCAUCACGAUCGACAAAGUGCCGAAGAAAAGCAAGCAACUCGUCUUCUUGGAGGAAGUUGCUGCAUACGGCGGAACCUUGCUAAAUUUGGAACUGCUCGAACAAGCGCUCUUCGAACGGAUAAUGCUGCGAAACCCGACUGAUUUUCUCAUUCCAUCGAAUAUCGCGAAGGACGACAUUGACGAGUUGGCGGCCGAGACAAAAGUCAUCACGUAUUUGUACAAGACCUUCGUCCGGAAUGAGAGAUCCACGAACGAAAAUGACUCGGUGAACAAGGAAAAUUGCUCAAAAGUGCGAGAAUUAAUUUUACGGAAUGCCAGCACGGCGAUUAAGCAGCCGAUGUUGUACGAGGACCAAGUUAUCUCGAGUCAGUUGUUGGAUUUGUUCAAAGAUAUGAACGAAGACGCGGACUACAAGUCGCUUUUUUUGACGAUGGUGGCGAAAGAAGUCAUGGCAGAAGAUGCCGAGGAAGGAUUGAACGCGUUGAAACUUUUUACGUUCCCAGCGUUGAUUGAAGCUCACAAAGCACUGAAAUUGGCAUCACUUGGAUCAAUGGAACUGUGGAUCAUGCCGUUUUUGCUGGCAUUCAGCAGUGAUAAAACUAAUCCGCGAUUGGGAGAAAUCGUUUUAGAUUUCACGACGCCGCCCGAGAACGCAGACGGCAUUCGUUACUCGGAUUCGCUCUUCGGACAACUUUUGUCGUUGUCAAUUAUGCCGAAGAAUCAUGCCGGGCCCUACGAGUUUUACGAAAAUAUGUAUAGCAUUAAUAUCACGGCAUUCCAAAGUCUUUCGUCGACCCUGUGGAAUUAUUUGACGAUUUUGCAGGAUCAGAUUCAUGCGUUGUUCAAGAGUUUUUUGCUGAUCGGAGGACAGUCGAAGGAAAAAAUGCUGAAAUGGAUCGGAAAUUGCUUGAGUGCCAACAUGCAACGUGGUCAAAUCUGGAAUGCACACUCGAUGGCAGGAAUUGGUGCCUUCACCUCAGCUCCCGAUUCCUUCAUGAUCGGUCUUGCAGCUGUCCUCUUGCGCCUUUGCAAACCUCUUUUCAAACCAUCCUUGAAAGUAAUGAUUGUCGAUCCGACUUAUUGCUCCGUGAAGGAAGAGGAAAAAGUCGAAAAAGGUGUCCACAUGAAAGAUGUCGUCAAAGAAACUUGCUUGUUGCCGUUGGAAGAGAACGAAGAACGCAUCGUCGCCGACAAAUACAACUUUGUGACGGAAUGUUUCUUCAUGACGCACAAAGCGAUCGACUUGGGCUACCGCGUUUGCAUCGAAAAACUCAUCCGCAUGAGUCGCGAACUGCAUCAACUCCAGGCCGCAUAUCAAGACACCGCGAUGCAAGGAGGCGCCGACGUUGCGGGAAACAUCAUGAAUUUACUUUCGUCAAAAACUCAACAAUUUCUCUGCCUUCACAAUUUGAUCGUCGAACCGAAUAACGAUCAAUAUCUCAUGUCCUUCUACGAAGCAACGGCGAUCUGGUUGGCCCAAGUUGUCACGAAACCCGAUGAUUGGUACUUGCCAGCACGAAAGGAUAAAGGGUUUGCGCCCCAAACUGUCGAGGAAUGCAAAAAUUUGCCCGGUGACGAUGUCGUUCCGAAAAUUUUAAACUCCGUUCCGGAAUACAUUCUCGAAAAUAUCGUCGGGUAUUUGACAUUUGUGCAUCAUUUUGACCAGAUGCAAGUCGCGACUUCGGUAAAAGUCAAUACAGAGGCGCAAGAUGCCAUUUUUACGAUGAUUUUGAUUUUCAUGGGAAGUGCCAAACGAGUAAGGAAUCCACAUGUUCGGGCACGUCUUGCCGAAGGACUCGAAAGUCUUUUGCCGAACGAAAGUAAGAUGGGAUUCAGUGCUGGUGCGGGAUUGUUUACGCAUCAUCCACAUCGCUUGGAAGUCGUGAAAAAUUUACUGAGUGUCUUUGUGGGCAUCGAAAUGACCGGGCAAAGUGUGCAAUUUGAGCAGAAAUUCAAUUAUCGAAGACCAAUGUACGUGAUCAUGGACUAUGUUUGGAAGAUUCCUGAACAAAAAGCUUGUUUCAAACGUCUAGAGAGAGAAGCUGUGAAGAACAUUGAUGCUGUCGAACCCCCACUUUUCCUUAGAUUCGUCAAUUUACUCAUCAAUGAUGCAAUUUUCUUACUUGAUGAGUCCCUCAAUAAUUUACAACAAAUCCGUACACUACAGGAGGCACAAGACAACGGCGAAUGGAAUAAUUUGCCAGAAACGGAACGUCGUCAAAACAUCCAAAACCUCCAGCAGCUUGGAAUGCACGCAAAAUUCGAUAAUAUCUUGGGACGCGACACAAUUAACGUCUUAAAACUUCUGACAUCCGAGAUUAAAGGAAUUUUCUGUCACUCCACGAUCGUCGAUCGCAUCGCCUCCAUGCUCAAUUAUUUCCUUCUUCACCUUGUUGGACCUAAAAAAGGCAACUUCAAAGUAAAAGACAAGAAAGAAUUUGAAUUUGAUCCGGCACACACAGUCCGUGAAAUUUCCCACAUUUACAUCAACUUGCAAGAAUCCAAAGAAUUUUGUCUUGCCGUUUCCGAAGACGGUCGUUCCUACUCGCCCGAAUUAUUUACCUUCGCGGAACAAGUUCUCGUGCGCAUUUGUGGCGGAAAUUUAAUCACAGAAAUCAUGGAAUUCUCCGAAAAAGUCAAACAAUUGGCCAAUCAGAAGAAAAUCGAUGACGAGGCACUUGUCGAUCCGCCAGAUGAAUUUUUGGAUCCCAUCAUGUCGACCCUCAUGCAAGAUCCCGUCAUCUUACCGAGCAGCAAAAUUACCGUAGAUCGCACGACAAUUGCGCGUCAUUUCCUCAGUGACCAAAAUGAUCCGUUCAACAGGGCGCCGUUGACGAUGGACCAAGUGAAGCCCGAUGCCGAACUGAAACAACGAAUCACAGAAUGGAUUCACGAGAAACGUGAGGCUUACAAAAAGGCCCAAAACGCGGAAAACGCUUCUUAAAAAAAAAGCUUUACAACUUCUUGGGUUUUGUGUAAUUUUAGUCAUUUAGAUUAUAAGCGACCUUGGCAUUUCACUUUUUACUUCUUAAACUUUAUUUCGGAAUAAAAUAAAAUAAAUAAAACUGUUCUA